AUGCAGCAUCAACAGCACCGCUAUGUCCCUCAGCUAUCAUCGAUUCCAAUCAGAACGAUCGAGAGAGGUGCAGAGCAGUUGACAAAGUAUCCCUACAAUGUUCAGCACAAUCAGCCGAUGGAUACGCACAGCUAUCUGUCCGACGAGGCCAACGCACAUCAUAAUUUCGUCAACAUGUUCGCUCCUGGCCAUCAUCCUAGCUUACCAUUGACUCGCCAGGGAAAUGGUGCUACAUCUUCGAGGGAUUGGCAUAAGUCUGUCCUUUCGUGGCAGUCGAAUGUCGACCAGACUAUCGCCCCGCCGUCCUAUGAAAACUACACCUCCUCACAGACCAUCGGUAGUGGUAUGGCUGGAAUGACCUCUCAGUCUAUGGCUGAAGUGCAGCAUCACCAGCAUAAUAGCAACAGCAGUGAUCAGUCUAACAGCACUGUACCCUCCCAGGAAGCUUGGUCUUUUACUUGGGAUAGCAAAGGCGAAAAUCGGAAUUUGGCAGAGAGAGUCAAGCCCAAGCGUAGAAAGCUGACUGCUUCCGAGCGGGCUCGUACCAAAGCGUUGAAGCUUGCGGGUGGUGCAUGUGAGAUUUGCAGAAAGAAGAAGAAAAAGUGCCACCAUAAAGACCUCACAGAACAUAUGGAGGAGGACGUCAUGGAUGAAGUCCACAGCAACGAGGACCAGAGCAUUAUCAUGGCGCAGGAUGCAGAGUCGGUGGUGGGCGAGUUCAAAACUGAGACGCAGAUGUAUGGCUUUCCCACCUCGAACCCCUCUCCUUACCUCUCACACAACGACGACAUGACUCCCACUCUCCUCCCCGAUGAGAAUCCUGCGCACUCUGCGAUGCCCCGUGGCUUCCUCGAUGACCCUUACCACACCCUUAGCAGCGCUUCUAGCGAAGAAUUUGUCAUGGAUACUGCAGGCUUUGGUCAUCAAUUCAAUGCAUCUCAUCCCAUGACUCUCGAAAACAUGUACGUCGAAAACGCCAAUGGAGAAUAUGGCGUGCCCUGGUACCCUCCUGCUGUCGGAUACAGAGGUCCUAUGUACCAGCCGUACUAG